CUGCAGGUAUUUCGCUCAUUGCCCGCCUGCCUACAUCGGAAGACGCUGCGACGAGGAAGGCAGCGUCUCUACUGGCGGCGGCGAUGAGAUUACCCAAGGUUCGCGGCGGCGCGCGUCCUCGCCUCCUCUCCUCCUCCACCACCUCCGCCUUUUCUCCGAACCCUCCUCGUCCAAAGGCUGCGGCCACCGCCACCAAGGCCUCUUCCUUCCCAUUCCCUUUCUCCAUGGCUUCUCGAAGCUUCUCUAUGUCCUCUUCCAGGCUCCUUCUACAGCCUCCUUCCCCUUUCUCGCCCCACUUCGUUGCUCUCUUUUCCAGCGCUACACUCUCCCCUAGUCCUUCAGCCCCGAGAAGAAGAAAGGAAUCAGAUGAAACAGAAGAGGAAGAAUGGAUUGUUGAGUGGGAAGAGGAGGAAGAAGCUGAGCCAAUGAUUGGAGAUGGAGGGGAUGGUGGUGGAAUCGUGCUGGGAGAUGUUGGAUGGGGUGAACGGGCUCUUUCGGUGGCUCACGAGAUCCUCCAGCUCCAUUUCAGUGAUGAUAUGAUCAUCUACGCGUUUAAGGUGUCUCCUAGAGGGUACAUUUAUGUGCGUCUGGAUAAGCUUACAAACAAAUAUGGGUGCCCAGCUAUGGAGGAAAUUGAAAAUUUUAGCAGUCUUUACAAGAAGCAACUGGAUGAGAUUGUGGAGUGUGGGGAGAUACCUUUAGAUUUGGCUCUAGAGGUAUCAUCUCCAGGGGCGGAGAGACUCCUAAAGGUACCUGAGGAUUUGGACCGGUUUAAAGAGAUGCCCAUGAGGGUGCAAUACCAGGAAGAGAGUCUUGAUUCCAAACACCACCAGCAAAAAGAUGGAGUUUUCGUGUUAGAGUCAUUUGAAAGUGCUACCGCACAGUGUGUGUGGAAACUUGCAGAUGUUAAAGAGAACAGGGCGGAGGCCGGUAAAGGAAGGCCAUUAAGCAGGAAGCAGAAAGACUGGAGACUACGACUACCUUUCGAAGCAAUAAAGAGGGUGACAUUUUACUUAAAUUGAUCACUGUGUUUUUUGGCAAUUGGUCCAUGAUCAGAUUCAGCGCAUACCUGUAAUGUCAGAUCUAGUGAUGUUGAUAGCCUUUCCAUUACAAAUUUUUACAGAAGAAAAUCCCCUCACUCCCUAGACCUGAUGGUGAUUUUCAUCACUUCAACUAAUCAUGGCAAGAAAGGAAGACGAAUCCGGAUUAAUCUGUGCCACUGCGCCGCAUUGAUGCUUAUCAACAUACUCAGCAGCCUUCUUGAAAUGCUCAUGGUUUCGUAUGAAAACGUGUCCUUAAUUCAGGGUGCAUGGUCCCUGGUAGAGAAAGAAGAAUGUGGAGAGACAAGCUAAUGACGUACUUGUCUUCUGUAUCAACUUGGAGGUUGGAAUUGCUCAUGUAAACGCUAUAAAACUCAUAAUAUAAGUAAACAUCGACCACCAUUGUUAUUGCUAUUA